GGUAGACCCGAAAAUCAAAAUUCAAUUAUUCAAUUUUCCAUGGUAACUGAGUAACAACACCAACUGACCUGCCUGAGGCUGGAACAGCACUGAAGGCCACGGCUAGGCUAGCAUAAUGGCCACACAACAAAAGGGAAUAGGCACAAAGACCUCUUCCACCAAAAGAACCACAGGUGGUCCAGCAGGAGUAGUAAAGAGCCACAAGUCCUACCAAAGUGUCCUUCCAACUGGCAACAAGCUCCUGCAGAGGAAGUGGGACCAGACUUACUACGAUGAACAUAGACGGCUGAUUCGAUCUGCAAAACCCAUGGUGGACACCAAGGCCCCAGCAGUUAGAGGUCAUGUCACUUCUAAGCUAAAAAAGAAGCAACUUCAAAAGGAACGAACAGAUGUGAUUGACAGGGACAAUCAGACCUUGUUGAAGAAGAUGCAACACAUAAUGAACACUGGGGGGCAAGUGCAACACAAGAACACAUUCCAACACCACAGUUUGAAUGAGAAACAGAGACAAGAUGAACUGGACAGGAUAGCCAAGGAGAACAAGGCCAUGUUGAAGAGGCUUGAGCAGGUGGAACCAAUCUACAAAGUGGCAGACUGGAUCGAUGACUGGAGGAGAAAGGAAGAGCUCACUGAAAUGAUCACUGCUUUUCCUGAGGGAGUAACAAUAGAUCAUGACAUGUCUUUGAGUGGAGACAAGACUGAUGAUACUCAGGAACAGGAAGUGUCUGUCACAGAAGCGGAAGAAACAAAGACAGAACCUAAAGAUUCAGAUUCAGUAGAGAACGUUGAUAGCUAGUUUGGCCCAGAGUGCUUCAAUCAACCCAUGCAUGCUACGCAUAGACUGUGAUACAUAUUAUUUUUUGACAAACAUGAUUACAUUGUAUAAUAUAUUUAAUAAACAAGUCAAGAA